UCUCACUUCAAAUUUAAACAUUUAGCGCGUUUCUGUGAACCGGGAACGGGCAUGCGCAGUGGCAACAGAAGGCAUACGCGGAUAUAAGGAUUGGCGCCGGCGCCACAGCUGAUGCAUUCAUUCAUUCUUCACUGAGGAGCGGAGCCAUAAAUACAGUCGACACCAUGUUCAGACGCAGUGGUCGCAUCACACUUCAAGCCAGAGAUUCAAACACACCUGAGCCGACCACCAGAGCCCCACUGAAGAAGAGAAAAUCAGAGCCCUCUAAGAACAAACUACAACCAGCUGCCAAGAAACAAAGCUAUGAAAUACAGAAGUGUUGGUCGGAGGACGGAGCGAGUCCAUGCGUCCUCAUCGAAACUCCCCACAAAGAGCUGGAGCCCGCAGACCCGUCCAGCUUCAAACAGUACAGAUUCAAAAACCUCUUCAUCAAGGCCUCCCCCAUUCCACGCCUCAGCUGGGCCAGUUCAGACGACGUGUGGAUCAAGAUGCUCAACAAGGAGCUGAAGUACGUUCAUGACAAGAGCUACUUGCAGCGGCAUCCAAAGCUGCAGCCAAAGAUGAGGGCGAUUCUGCUGGACUGGCUGCUCGAAGUGAGUGAGGUGUACAGCCUCCACCGGCAGACGGCUUACCUCGCUCAGGACUACUUCGACCGCUACAUGCUGACUCAGGAGAACUUCAGCAAAGACUGCCUGCAGCUCGUCGGCAUCACAGCGCUCUUCAUCGCCUCCAAGAUCGAGGAGAUCUACCCUCCUAAAAUCUAUGAGUUUGCCUACGUCACAGACGGAGCCUGCGACAUGUGGGACAUCCAGCGCACGGAGCUUCUCAUGCUGAAGGCGUUGGACUGGAGUCUCUGUCCAGAGACACCCAUCUCCUGGUUGAAGCUGUACGCUCAGGUCGAAGCCCAGAAGGACAGCGAGAACUUCCUGGUGCCGCAGUUCUCACAGGAGACGUACAUCCAGAUCACACAGUUGUUAGAUCUGUGUAUAAUGGACGUCAGCGCACUGGACUACAGCUACAGUGUUCUUGCUGCAGCUGCAUUCUGCCACUUCUUCACCUUCGACGUUGUUCAUAAAGUCUCAGGUCUGACGUGGGAAAGCGUGGCCCCCUGCGUUCGGUGGAUGAGUCCCUUCAUGGACACGCUGCGAUCCGAAGCCACGCCACAGCUCAAGAACUUCCCCAAAGUCAAAGCCGACGACAGACACAACAUCCAGACACACGUGGCCUAUCUGGACCUGCUGAGAAAAGCUCAGGAGCGUCAGAUCGACAGCCUGGACUGUCAGAUGUCGCCUGUCGCUGUGGGAGUGAUCCUGACUCCACCCAGCAGCACAGAGAAACCAGCCAAUCCCUGAGCAGGACAUGACGUGACCAGCAACGAACGCUACCUCUCCACAGUUUGACCUGAAGCGAUGACCGACCUCUCAGACCACAUCAGGUCCUCGACAAACGGGACGCGAUUUUAGGGAAAGACGAAGUUCACGGCGCACGCGUCGGAUUUUAUUUUAACACUAAGUUCUGACUUUAUUUGCUUUUAUAAAACUGCAGCUAUGAUUGUCAGGUAACUUUUUAAAACUUUUUUUUUCCCCACAGCAGCAGGUACCUUACAAAACAGAACAUGUUUUGUCUCACAGUCCACUGAUUGAGACUGGAGAAGUUUUUUGUUUUUGUUUUCCUGGUUUCAGAAGAAACUACAUUUCCUACCUGUCAGGUGUUUUCGGGGAGUUUUGCUGGUGCUGUUCUGUUGAACCUGAAACGCUUUCAGAUGGUGCUUCAGUCAGAUUCUCAGGAGAAUGGAAAUGAGGAAUCUCUCGUUUUCUGUGUUUCUUAUAACGAACUGCAUUCCACUCUGAAAGUUCUGUUCUGAUUAUUAUUCUCGUCUCAAGUCCCAUUAAAAUCGCGUGUAAACGGAUUUAUGCUCGUUAUCGUCGCCACCGAGGAACAAAGUGUGUGUCGUAGCUAUUUGAGCCAAAUGAACAAUCAGCUGUGUGAUUUGCUGUUGAACGUCCUCGGGGUGUUUAAAUGCACCUGACCUGUUCGUGCGGCUCCAGAAUUCCCUUUUAAUUUUUAUUUUUCCUGUUGCAACCUGGUUGCACAUUUUUGUUACAUUCCUGGAAAACUUGACAAUUGUGCAAAGUUUUUGCUUUUACGUGCUUGUAUUUAUUAAAAAGCCUGAAAAAGUAUGUAAGAAAAAAAAUGUCUGUUCAUAUGUAAAGAAAAAAAAAACAUCUUUCAAUGAAUGAGCUCAGUUUGAUCACUGCCAAAGGCAAAAACUAUUUAUGAUUUUGCUCUGUGACACCUGUUGAAUUACAGCUCCUCAUUAAAUGUUGUACACUAGCUUGUCAUUUCUUAGUGCCUUUAAAAGACAAACCGAUGAACUGUACAGCUUCUUAAUUUAAGCUUGAGCGAGCCAAACGGCCGAGAGAUCGAACAAACCUCCGACCGUAAACCUCCGCAGCCGGGUGGAGACUCUGCAGUGAACAAACCAACCAUGUAAACUGUGUGUAGAUGUUUAAGAAUGUAUGUUUCUGUAAAUAGAGCAAGUCAAAUUUGUAAUUUUCUUUUAUAUUGCAAUGUUUUAAAUAAAUGAAG